AUGAGGGGCGCUCCAAUUGUUCUGCUCUAUGCCGCGACCCUGGCGUCCGGCAUGGUCAUUACUCCCAGAGAAGCUGAGGCUCGCAUUGCCAUCCGCGGUAAUGGUGGUGGUGACGGCGGCAGUGGUGACUGGUGGGGUCACGAUGGUGGUGACCACGGAGAUCACGGUGACCACGGCGGCAGCCCGGAGACUACUCCAUGCGAGACCGAGACUCCUCCUCCCGUAGAGACCUCGACUCCAUGUGAGACUGAUACUCCCACUCCUCCCCCGGUUGUGACUCCUACUUCUACUCCUUGCGAGACUGAUACUCCGACCCCACCGCCGGUCGAGACUUCUACUCCUUGCGAGACUGAUACUCCUACUCCUCCCCCAGUUGUCACUCCCACUUCUACCCCGUGUGAGACUGAUACUCCCACUCCUCCCCCGGUUGUAACUCCUACUUCUACUCCUUGCGAGACUGAUACUCCGACCCCACCACCGGUCGAGACUUCUACUCCUUGCGAGACUGACACUCCCACUCCUCCUCCCGCGUCAUCUACUCCCUGCGAGACUGAUACACCCACUUCAACCCCGGCUACUUCAACCCCGGUCUCUCCCACUUCUUCUCCCGCUAGCUCUACCCCCUGCGAGACGGAGACUCCUACUACUCCUCCUCCCGCUAGCUCGACUCCUUGUGAGACUACUACUCCCGUUGUCCCGCCUCCCGCUAGCUCUACUCCCUGUGAGACUACCACUCCUGUGUCUCCUGUCUCUCCUCCUCCCGCUAGUUCUACUCCCUGCGAGACUACCACUCCCGUUGUCCCGCCUCCCGCUAGUUCUACUCCCUGCGAGACUACCACUCCCGUUGUCCCGCCUCCCGCUAGCUCUACUCCCUGCGAGACAACUACUCCCGUCUCUCCUCCUCCUGCUAGCUCUACUCCCUGCGAGACAACUACUCCCGUUGUCCCGCCUCCCGCUAGCUCUACUCCGUGCGAGACAACUACUCCCGUCUCUCCUCCUCCUGCUAGUUCUACUCCCUGCGAGACAACUACUCCCGUUGUCCCGCCUCCUGCUAGCUCUACUCCCUGCGAGACUACUACUCCCGUCUCUCCCGUCUCCCCUCCUCCCGCUAGCUCGACCCCUUGUGAGACUACUACUCCCGUUGUCCCACCUCCCGCCACUACCACUCCCUGCGAGACCUCCACUGUCACCCCCCCUCCUGUGGUCGUGACUACCACCUACACUACAACCACCUGCCCUGUGACCUGGUCUACCGUCUCCAGCGGUUCAUCGACCUACACUCACCCUGUGACCCAGACGAGCACUCUCACCGUCACCUCUGUCUUCACCUGCACUGAAGGUUGCGAGCAGCCCACGACUCCCCCAACUGUCCCCACCACCCCUGCUGUUGAGCCCACUACUCCUGCGGUUGAGCCAACAACCCCAGUUGUGGUGCCUAGCUCUUCUGUCGAGGUUCCCCCCAAGGCUACCUCCCCCGCUCCUCAGCCCUCCGGCGCUGAGCCCACAGGAACUAGCCCGGCUCCAGUGGAGUCUUCUUCCGUCCCCGUCAGCUCUUCCACCUCUGCUCCUCCUGCUUCUUCCUCGCCUGCUUUCAACAGCGCUCCCGGUCAGUUCCAGAAAUCCAUUGUGGCCUUCAUUCCUGGUCUGGCUGUCCUGUUUGCUCUGCUUUAA